CGGAUGUUCGGUGUUUAACUUGUAGAAGUUGCGACGCCUCCUCUGAGGUAACCCUGCUUCUCCUCCUCCUCCUCCUCUUCUUCUUCUUCUUCUUCUACACCAGAUGCAAACUUCACUAGAUGAACUUUAGCUUCGACAACACACAGCAGAAAACGCAAUGUCGCCGCGAAGCUAACCGGCUAAUUAGCCUGCAGGUAGUGUUUAAUUGCUGCAGCUAGCUAGCUGCUAGCUUUAGGUUUAGCUCCUUUCAUCAGCCAGAAAGAAUCAGAGAGAAUCAGAGAUUUGACUCUGUGGACUCAGGCAACCAGCCUUCAUCGCUCUGACUCGUGUCUGGUCGUCGUGGUUACGCUGGGAGGCCUGGUCAUGGGGUACAGGGUCGUCUCCGGGGCUCAGCCGCACCGUCCCGUCCGGCCCACGCUGCUGCCACUGCUGCUCCUCGUCACGCUGCUGGCGGCGGUCUGGGCGGAGAGCGGAGACUACUACGACCUGCUGGGCGUCAGCAGGGACGCCACGACCAGAGAGAUCCGACGAGGAUUCAAAAAGCUGGCGCUCACCAUGCACCCCGACAAGAACCCUGGAGACCCCUCGGCCCACGACAGGUUCCUGCAGGUGAAUCGAGCCUACGAGGUUCUGAAGGACGAAGACCUCCGGAAAAAAUACGACAAAUACGGAGAGAAGGGGCUGGACGAGCAGCAGGGAGGACGCUACGAGAGCUGGAGCUACUACCGCUACGACUUUGGUAUCUAUGACGACGACCUGGAGAUCAUCACGUUGGACAGUGGUGAUUUCGAGGCGGCAGUGAACUCCGGUGAAAUCUGGUUCAUCAACUUCUACUUCCCGCGGUGCUCACACUGUCACCAGCUGGCUCCCACGUGGAGGGAGUUUGCGAAGGAGAUGGACGGGGUCAUCCGGAUCGGGGCGGUGAACUGUGGAGACAACAACCACUUGUGCAGGAGGAGGGGUAUCAACAGUUACCCCAGUCUGUUCGUGUUCAGAGCGGGACAGAAACCGGAGAAGUUUAACGACGAGCGCUCGAAAGACGAGCUGGUCCGCUUCUCCAUGAAGUUAAUUACCACGAGCAUCGCUCAGCUGUGGCAAGGAAACGUGUUCAGCGAGAUCGAGAGUGCGUUCUCGUCGGGGCUCGGCUGGCUCAUCACCUUCUGCUCGGACACCGGAGAUUGUCUGGAGCCAAGAACAAGACAGAAGUUGGCAGGAAUGUUGGACGGUCUUGUGAAAGUGGGCUGGAUGGACUGCACCACAGAUGAGCAGCUCUGUCACAGUUUUCAGGUGACCGGCGGAGCGACGGCUUUGUUCCCACCUGGAAGUUCUCUGGACAAACACGGCAGCGUUCUGUGGCUGAAUACUCUGGACAGUAAAGAGAUUUACACUCAGGUCAUCAACCACCUGCCUGAUCUGGAACUGCUGACCACUGACAGCUUCGAGAGGAAGUUGGCUCAUCAUCGCUGGUUGGUCAGUUUUACAUUUGGAGACAGACACUCCGCCUCCAACGAGUACAAGAAGCUACAAGCUCUCCUGAGGAACGACCACAUACAGGUGGGCAGAGUAAACUGUAUCACAGACUCAGAUCUGUGUCAGCCGCUCUACAUCCAUAAACCUUGUGUGGCUGUUUUCAAAGGACUGGGAAUCCACGACUUUGAGAUCCACCACGGUAAAGACGUGUUGUACAACAUCGUGGGUUUUGCGAAGGACAGUGUUCGUGCUCACGUGACGACUCUGAGGCCCGACAACUUCCCCUCCGACAGGAAGGAGCCAUGGCUCGUCGACUUCUUUGCUCCGUGGUGUCCUCCGUGCCGAGCUCUACUUCCUGAACUGAGGAAAGCUUCCAUCCAGUUGGCCGGACAGAUGAAGUUCGGCACUCUGGACUGUACCAUCCACCACAGCCUCUGCUCUGUGUAUAACAUCCAGGCGUAUCCCACCACCGUCAUCUUCAACGGCUCCUCGGUUCACGAGUAUGAAGGACAGCAUUCGGCCGACGGCAUCCUGGAGUUCAUACAGGAUCUGGUGAAUCCAACCGUGGUCAUCCUGGAUCCUCCCAGCUUCACCGACAGGGUCAAAGGUAGAGCCAACGGGCAGAUCUGGGCGGUGGAUUUCUACGCUCCGUGGUGCGGACCCUGUCAGGCUCUGAUGCCCGAAUGGAGACGCAUGGCCCGGCUGCUGUCGGGUCAGGUUCUGGUGGGUUCUGUGGACUGUCAGCGGUUCCAGGCGUUCUGUCAGGGUCAGGGUGUGAGGUCGUACCCUGAGAUCCGUCUGUACCACAGUCAACAGCCGGAUCGCUUCAUGAGUUACAACGGUUGGAACAGAGACGCCCACUCACUCAGAUCGUGGGCUCUGAGUUCUUUACCCAGAGCGUCAGUGGACCUGACUCCAGAGACCUUCAAGUCUCAGGUUCUGUCGGGUCGGGACCACUGGGUUCUGGACUUCUACGCUCCCUGGUGUGGACCCUGUCAACACUUCGCCCCAGAGUUUGAGAUCCUGGCACGAAUUCUCAAAGGGGAGGUUCGUUCAGGGAAGGUCGACUGUCAGACUCACCAUCAGACCUGUCAAUCAGCCGGAAUCACCGCCUACCCAACGGUCCGCUUUUACCCCUACCAGGGAACGAGGAGGUUCGAACACAGCGGUGAACACAUCAACAGCCGUGAUGCUGGCGUGAUCGCAGACACCGUCCGGCAGCGACUACAGCAGCUGUUGCCAAGGUUACACAGCAAAGCGAAGGACGAGCUCUGAUGAUGUCACCAGCAGCGAUCCCAUUGGUCGGGGAGCGACAGCGGUGGAUCUGAUUGGUCCGAUGGAUCAACGCACUCCUCCAUGAGACCACAGCGGUGACGCAGGCGGACGGACACUGGCUGUUUCCUGCUGUGUUGAAUGUACUGAACACGUUUUUGCCUUGUUUUUAAUUUUUGUUUUCAUUUUGUCUCCAUCGUUUGUAUUUACUCUAUGAAGUAAAGCUGUGGGACGUGGUUACUGACACACACACACACACACUCUGAGCCAGACGUCGACGUGAUCGUGUUACAUUUUAUUCUAACUGUAGAAACUGUUGAACCCUCAGAAUAAAACAUUUGUUUCUGAUAAAGAAAUGUCAGUUUCACAAAACUUAAAGCUGCUUCAAUUCAACUUUAUUACUUAUUCUGUCAGAUCGUGGUCUCCAUACAAUAUAUAUAUAUAUAUACAUAUAUAUAUAUGUAUAUUUUAUCUUAUUAAUUGUUAUUGCCCAAAAUGUCAAACAGUUUGUCGAUCCAGAUUCUUAAAUGAGAGGAUUUGCUGGUUUUGUUUUCGUAAAAUUAAGAUUUUUGGAAGCUGAACGAGACGAUUCUCUGUGACGUCUGUUAGACUCCUGUAAUAAAACAGAUUCUAUAUUUAUAGAUCACAGAUUUCUCACUAAGGGAGAAGGAGCAGAUGUUAUUUUAUCAAUUUGACUGUAGUUUAUAGUUGUUUGUUGUAAAGAUGAAUCAAACUGUUAUUUAAAGUCAAAUGUUUUAUAUAAAGUGCUAUGCAAAGGGUGUGA